AUGGACUCGCGAGCCAUUAUCUCUGCCAGCGCACAAGUCGUAAUAGGUCCGGACUUGAGUGCGUUUGACGAGGAGGAGAAGCAGACGUCCAAGACGCGUACGCUGCAGGAGGUACCAUCAACUCUCCACGCUUCGCGUAGAGAAACGACUAUCUCAACGGAAUUUGAGAUGUGGUCCUCCACUCCAUUCAACCCCCCGUUCCGAUACACGAACACUCUACUGUUCUGGACCGCACAACAAGAAUCCUUUUAUUGUACGCUGGACACGUGCUCUUCUGAGGCCCAACCAGGAUACGACACGAACACUCAAGUUUCAGGGUUCCAUCCCAUACCCAUACCCAAACCCAACAACACCAAAUGGAUUGCCCUAAGCUCUGCUGGUGCAGGUUUGAUUGUUGUCCUGACUGUUGCAAUUCUGUGGUACAUCGGUCGAUCGCACAAUGGUGGUGACUUCGGAAAAAUCAGCCUGCCGAAAAAUGAAGCUUCGAAGCUCAUGACAGACCAUGUCCCCGCAUCCCUCCAUUUUUCGAAUAUAUCUUACUUUCUUGGCAACCGCAUUAUCCUCGACAAAAUUUCUGGGGCUGUCAAGCCAGGUCAAGUCAUGACGAUUAUGGGUGCAUCCAGCGCGGGUAAAUCUACCUUCCUUGAUAUUCUUGCUCGCAAGCACAAGAUGGGCCAAGUCAGUGGCAAGACACUCGUCAACGGGCGAGAGGUCGUGGACGCGGAGUUUGAAAAGGUGAUGAUGAGCUUAGAGACGAAGAAGUACAGGACACUUGAGACAAUGAACGAACUCGGUAUCCUGGGUAUCAAGGACUCGAGAAUUGGUGACUCUGGAUGCUGGUCAAUAUCUAGAGGGGAAAAGAGACAUGUCUCGAUAACCUGUAAAUUGGUCACUAGCCCUUCGAUAUUGUUCUUAGAUGAGCCUACAAGUAGAUUGGACUCUUAUAAUGCCUUUAAUGUUGUUGAGAGCCUGGUGACCCUUGCACACGAUUGUAAUCGGACUGUUAUCUUCACCAUUCAUCAGCCUCGCAGUAACAUUGUUGCCUUGUUUGAUCAUAUUGUCCUCCUGGCUCAUGGGAAAAUGCCAUGUCCACUAGGGUUUAAUAUCGCGGAUUAUCUCAUCGACCUAACAGUGCAUGCUGGACUUGAACCACGAAACCUGGACUCUCCUUCUAAUAAUGCGGUAUCAUCAACGUCUGGUGACAACCUUUUACAUGAGGAGCGUGCCGUUGGUGCAUCAUCUGUACAAUCACGAGGUCGCUCUUCCACUGCGGUGGAGGAAGAAACUGAGCUCCGAACACGUGGCGUCUCUUUCACAUCCUCAAUCAAAUGCAAGACCUCGGAGUUCCUGGAAGCUGUCCGAAGCUCACCAUCUGGUAACAGCACACUUACUCCCAAACUUGCGCAGCGUGUCGAGGCGUACCCUACGAGUGAAGUUGCACAGUCGAUCAAGGCCGAGACAGAGGAGGUUGCUACUGCACAGCAUGGAGUUGAUGCAUCACAUGCGGAUGGUGAACUGCGAGACGUUGUGGUUGAAAACUCUUACUGCGGGAUUGGAAAAGAGCCACUCACUAUCUAUCCUCUGUCGUACUGGCUUGUGAGCCAUCACCUUUUCUUCGAUGGCAUCGCAGGCUUCCAGAACCGGCUUGGCCUUUUCUUCACAUUGUCGCUCUUCGGCUUCUCGUGCUUAUCUAGCCUUGCAUUAUUUGCGAACGAGAGAGUCCUUUUCAUGCAUGAAAGAGCAAACAGCUACUAUUCGACCUUCACCUACUUCUCUUCAAAGGUUUUGUUUGAUAUCCUGCCACUCCGCUUGGUGCCUCCAAUUGCCUUUGGUGGCAUUGUUUACGGCCUAGUUGGUGCCUACAGUUCCGGCUUUUUGGAAGUUUAUAUUGACACCCGUGCUAUUCAAUUUGACAACAGCAAGUGUGAUCCUUCUAUUGUCGAUAGCAUCUACCAGUACCGGCGUGGCGAGCUUAGUUGGCACCUUGGUCAUGCUUUUCAACCUCUUCACAGGCCUCCUGAUCAACAGGGACACUGUCACACCUGCUUUGCAGUGGUUGCAUACUGCCUCAUUCUUCCACACUGCUUUCGAGUCGCUGGCAUGUCUGUGUUACAGCGUACCACCUUGCGUCGAGAUUCACCCAAGAGACGCGGGCGAUAUGCCCAGGCUACUGAUGCCACCACUAUCAAUUCACGCUUUACUGUAAGCAAAGAACCUAAUCAUGGCGUGAAGUAUGAUGAAGUAGUCAAGAGCCGUGAGGGGUGA